AUGCCCAGUCGCAGGGACAGCCGCAGUCGAGAUAGGCGCAGUCGCAGCCGGAGACGGCAGAACUCCCGCAGCGCUGACCGCCGGCGGUCCAGGGAGGAUGGAAGACGAAGAGAGGUCAUGACUAGAAUACCUCCGCCCCCAAAGAAGGAGGAACAGCCUGACGAAGGGGUGACGUUGGAACAGCGACAAGAUGCCAUUGAAUGCGAUGGGCACUUGUACGCCACCAUCGACUUCACGGCCCCACAGUCUGUCCCGGAGCAGUGUCUAAAUGUCACACCGCGCUACUACCAACCGAAUGAAGGCUCCAAAGGUUUGACCUACAACAAGGUGCCACCAGGUUGGGAGUUAGCAGAAGUGAACGACGCUGUCAAGGAGAAGGUGAUUAAGCCAUAUCCUUGGGGCACUCAUUUGUUGGUGGCGAAGGACAACAAGGCCUUCCAAACAGCAAAGGGUGAGAGGCCUGGCAGCCUCGAAAUGCUCUGGGACUUUGCCAAGGACCAAGAGCUGGUGAGCAUCCUGGAAUGGUUCGGCCCCAAGGAGAACUACAUCGACAUCGACGUGGAGAAGCCUCCUGAGGAUUCAGACCCAGAGGGCGACGGGUCGGACGAUGAUGUGGAGGACACUGGUGAUGUCGGGGACAUGUCGGGCCCAGAUCAUGCGGACACCCUAGCUUAUGAGAUGGACGAAGGUUUGGGGAUGGCUCUUCCAGUGGGUACUCCUUCGGAAACCAAGUUAUCAACCGAACAGCUCCAAGAAAGGAUUACGCAGUUGAAAAACCAGUUGCCCCAGACCGGAUCGUUGAAUGGACAAUCCGAGAUCGUUGAGAUUGAUGACUCGCUUCAAACCCCAGGGACAUCGAAUUCUCCCCAGAAGAUCCAUGAAGAGCCUGGGAAUCAUAAUGGGACAGAAUCAUCAGAUCCAGCGAAAAUUGAGUCUUUGCAAAAACAGAUUGCAGCCCUAAAGUCACAGUCUGGAGUGGGUACGGCUCCUACGGAACCUACGUUUCUUGCAUAA